UCAGGAAAAAAUUGAACACAAGGAAGAAGUUGAGGACGGUCCACGGUGUCGAUGCGGUCUGCUGAUUGUUUACUGCUUUCGGAUCUACAACAACUGUUCAUAUCCGGGUGUUUUCGAGGAAACCAGGGUUCGGUUUUGUGAAGAAAACUCAUAUUUGUGUGUGAUGAGUUCUCGUUGGUUGUUCAGGUCCCGGAAAUACAUUUCGGUAUUCAGCCUUCGUAUCUAAAUCAUAGAGGAAGGAGUCUGAUCUAAAUCAUAGAGGAAGGAGUCUGAUCUAAAUCAUAGAGGAAGAAGUCUGAUCUGAUCUACGCAUUAACCUUGGUGAAGAGAGAAAGUGUGUUUGGAGAAAACCCAUCAUCAUCAUCAUCAUCAUCAUCAUCAUCAUUAUCAUCAUCAUCUCCAUGGAUUAUAUAAAUCCCCUAGAGCAGAAUAAGAGACAGCGGGAGGAAGAGCACAGCCAGUGGGAAUGCCAGGCGAAAAGAGCAUGCACUGAAUUGGUAAGAUGCAUCGAGGUCAAAUGCGAUGUUAUGAUGGACAGUCCAAUGGACUCAUGGGACACUCCACAAGUUGACCAUCAAAACGGCGCCAGUCCAAAUCAACACAUCACCACUAUGGUUCUUGGAGCAACUCAGCAACCCUGUCCCAGGUGCAUGGCAGGAGAACCGGGCCAUAUAAAUCAUAUCAUGCAGAGGUAUUGAUCAUGAGGUCAGACAGGUCCUGGAGAGGAUGAAUAAGGAAGCAGACUGCACAGAUCUCUGGGAGUCAAGGAGCAGCCUGCACUUUGGCCAGUUCAUAUCACAACACAUUUUGUGCCUUAUUUAUCACCACAAAUACUCAACAUCUCCGUUCUAAUGUAGCCUGUGUAUGUUUUUUUGGGUUUUUUUCUCUUAUACCAGCACUUAAACGACUGCUGAUUUAAUGGAAGGGCUUGCCACAGGUAAUUACUAGCCAUUUCAGGUUAUCACAUUCAAUAUGAGUGCUAAUUUAGAUACUACUACAGUGUAGUAGGCAGGGCAUUUAUUGAUGAUUUGUAGCUGCAUUUCUAUUCAUUUGUGUAUUUAGUGUAGACCAAAUGAGUUUCAAAUGAUUACUAUACGUCUAAGGGAUUUUGUAGAAUCAGACGUGUAGAAGGGAAUGUUUUAUUCAGAAUUAGUAAUAGUCUUCUUGUUUUUUUGUUUUUGUUUUUUUAAUUGCAUUAGGUUGUAACAUGCAUAGAAUUGUACUGUUUGUGUCUAGAGAUUGUAAAAUCAGGCCAGUUGUUAAAUUGCACUGAAAUCCAUUAUGUAGUUAUUAAGGUUUUGUUUCUGUGUAACAUUCAAUAUUUAUAGUAAUGUGUUUAUUUUUCCUCUUUCCAUGCCCUUGUCUGAACAAUAGGGGAAAAGAUCACUGAU